AUGUCUGUAGAAGAGGCGGAGCGACGGCAGUUGUACAACCGGCAGGAGUACGUUGUCGGUGCGGAGGCGCAGGAGCGGUACGGCGCCACGUCUGUUCUCGUCGUUGGGGCCUGCGGCCUGGCGGCGGAGAUUGUGAAGAAUCUCGCGCUGGCCGGCGUGCGGGCGAUUGCGGUCAGCGACCAGACGCCCGUCAGUCCGGCGGAUCUCGGCAGCAAUUUUCUCCUGCGGGCCGCCGGUGAUGUCGCCACUCCGCGAGCCGCCGCCGUUGCCCGCCGCGCCGCCGAACUCAAUCGGUUUGUGAGCGUCACGGACGCGGCCGGCGCGACGCUGCAGGAACUCCUCCCGCACGCGAAUGUUGUCGUGUUUGUCAAUCAACGCACAACGGCGCUGCUGGCGGAGAAUGCCCUCGCGCGGGAACACGGCGUGCCGUUUGUGGCCUGCGAGAGUCGCGGCGUGGCGGGAUGUGUGUUUGUCGACGCCGGCCCCUCCCACGCGGUGUGUGACACCGACGGCGAGGAGACGGUCUCGUGUGUGGUGACCAGCAUCUCCGCCGAUGGACUGGUGACACUGCAUGAGGAUAAAAAGCAUGAGUGUGAGGUGGGCAGUCACGUCUUCUUUACGGGGAUUCUCGCCCCAGAGACAUUAAACUCCAUUGUGGAUCCAUCCACACUUCAUGGAGGACGACAGACCAGCAUUAAUAAUAAUAAUAAUAAUAAUAAUAAUAAUAAUAAUAAGAAUAAUAAGAAUAAUAAUAAUACACAAGCAACCCAAUCACUGAAAUUGUUUGAAGUGGCAGAGGUGAUUUCGCCUUAUAUUCUUCGUCUAAAGGACUUUGAAGCUUCACUUGGGAAUAACAAAAUUGAGAUUGGUACAAGUGCCUACUUGCAUACCACCAAAAAACAAAUACUCAUGGGAUUUAAAGAUCUUGAGGCAAGUGUAGUAGAUCCAGAGUUUGUCACUAUAUUUGAUAGUGAAGAUAAAAUAAACGCACCACCUAUGCUUCAUGCCUUAUUCCGUGCCGUACAUGAACAUGGUGCCUUACCAAAAACAACCAAUGAAAUCAAUGCCGUACUAAAAGUAGCAGAAGUAUAUUAUAGCAGUAUAAAUCAUCAUGGAAACUUUGAUGUAAAUACUGCCAGACGUAUUCUUUCUGUUAUGCAUGGAAGUCUUAACCCUAUGGCUUGUCUUAUUGGUGGUAUUGCCGCCCAAGAGGUUUUAAAAGUUUGCAGUGGUAAAUUUACACCAAUCCAUCAAUGGUUAUAUUAUGAUGCACGAGAAUUACUGGAGGCACGUGGAGAAGUAAAUGAAAUGGAUCUUCAUCCUUCUUCUAAUGGUAAUCGCUAUGAUCAUCAGAUAGCGGUUCUUGGGGCAAGUUUUCAAUCAUACUUAUCAAAGCAACGGGCUUUCAUUGUUGGGGCUGGUGCUUUAGGAUGUGAACUUAUUAAGAAUGCGGCUUGUAUGGGUUUUGCUGGUGUAACGAUUACCGAUAUGGAUACGAUUGAGAUGAGUAAUCUAUCGCGACAGUUUCUCUUUCGAAACAGUCAUAUUGGACAACAAAAGUCAACUGUGGCAGGUGAAGCGGCAAAGGCAAUUAAUAAUGAUUUACAAGUUACAGCACUUGUAGAAAAAGUCGCACCAGAGACAGAAGGUAUCUUUAAUGAAGCCUUUUGGGAUGCUCAUACCGUUAUAUUAAAUGCACUUGAUAAUAUGGAGAGUCGUAAAUAUGUGGAUGCUCGCUGUUUAUUUUAUAAAAAACCUCUCUUUGAUAGUGGUACAUUAGGUACCAAGUGUAAUAUGCAGUGUGUUAUCCCUUAUUGUACGGAAAGUUACAGUAAUAGCUAUGAUCCUCCUGAAAAGGCUAUUCCACUCUGCACAUUAAAGAAUUUUCCAAAUGCUAUUGAACACACCAUUCAAUGGGCACGUGAUAACUUUCAAACACUUUUCUGUACGACACCUACAGAUGUAAAUGCAUACCUUGAGGAUCCUGCAGCUUUUGCAGCUAAUUUGGAACGUGAUCCUGCUACUAAGACUAUUGUGUUAAAGGCUGUACGAGAAGCCUUAUUAAGAUGGCCAUCCAAUGCCGUGGAUUGUGUACGAUUGGCUCGAAUGCUUUAUCAUGAGUAUUUUAAUGAUACCUUCCGACAGUUAUUACAUAAUAUUCCUCUUGAUAAACGAAAUGCGGAGGGGGAUUUAUUUUGGAGUGGAGCAAAGAAACCACCAACUCCGCAGGAGUUUUCACCAGAUUCUGAAAUAAGUGUUUUAUUUAUUUAUCACUGUGCCCAAUUAUUAGCACGUGUCUAUGGUGUGGAACCCUUCACACUAUCCAGAAAUGAUGUUGUGCGAAUUGCACAGGAAACCACUGUACCGGAAUUUGUCCCACGAAAAGCUGUAUUCGCCACCAGUGAAACAGAAAAGGAAGAUCCAUCCACAACUCACUCUACUACUACUUCUACUGGUGGUGAUAUUGGAAUACAAGAUCUUCCACCUGCAAGUCAAUUCCAUGGUCGACAUAUGUAUCCACAGACAUUUGAGAAGGAUGAUCCUACCAAUCAUCAUGUGGAGUAUAUUACGUAUUGCUCUAAUAUGCGGGCGGCGGCGUAUGGAAUUCCACCCGCAGAUGUUCAUCGCACAAAACGUAUUGCUGGAAAUAUUAUUCCCGCCAUGGUGACAACAACAUCACUGGUAACAGGUCUUGCCAUGAUAGAAGCACUUAAAUAUCUUCUUCUCCAUCAUCGACGAACAACAAUGAGUGGUGGAGGAGCAGUGAAUGCGGGACUCUCACCAGAGGAAGUGCGAAAACAACUCUCUAUUUACCGUAAUUCCUUUGUAAAUAUUGCACUGCCCUUUAUGGCAUUCUCUGAUCCUAUUAUUGCCCCUGGAAUGUCGUAUCAAUUACCAGAUGGUUCCUCUAUUCGAUGGAGUAUUUGGGAUCGUAUUGAUGUGAACGAGGGGUCCGAUAUUACUGUAGAAAAAUUGGUUUCUCUACUGGAACAACGCUAUCAAAUGGAAAUAUUCAUCAUUGCUCUCGCAAGUGGUAAAAUGAUUUACUCACAAUUUGGUAAUGCGAAGGAUCGUAGUAAACCCGUCUCCGUUGUGGCUCGUGAGAAGGGGGAGGAAUUACACGAAGGUGAUGACUGCUGCUGUCUUGUGGCCACUGGCACUAUUGGCGAUGUUGAUGCUGAUAUCCCUGUAAUCCGCUACAAAUUCCGUAAUUUUUAG